CGUUCACACAAUUUGAAGAAUCUUUACUAAAAUCAAAUAAUAUGGUGUUCCGUUUUUAUGCCUCGUUUAACAAACACCCAAUGCAGGUUGUAGACUAUUAUCACAAGAAAGCGUUUGUUGCCUUUGAUUACACACUUUACCACGGUAAAAUCAAGUUCACUUCUUUAUAUGCAAAUCUCCCAAGAAUGAGAUUCUUAGUAGCGCGUAUCACUACCUUGGUACCUGAGGAAUGGGAUGGAUUAAAACAUAUAAUAGUUGUACGCGGUACAGUUCGUGUCUUGGGAAACGAAGAUAAUGAACAGUGGUUUGAGCAAACUUUUUCUGUGUACUACAUCCAUACAAGCUUUUCAAUUACUAGUAGCCGAUUUAAAUAUAGUGACCCAAUACAAGAUGUAGCUCCUGCUGUCAAAGAAUAUUCAGAUAUGUACUCAGAUAGUGCUGAACAAGUCCAGUUCGAACGUCUAUACGGGCCAAAAUUCGAGAAGUGGGCGAAGUGUGUACGUCGAUCAGACAUAUAUGUUUUUAUGUUCUAUAAAUUUAUGGACGAGGAUCGUGAGCGUCUCUUUAAUUGUUACAAUGAGACCUCAACUCUUAAAUUUCUUGAGAAAACCUACAGGGGUUUACACUCCAUUAAGACUUUUUAUUAUAGUAUUGCCUCUACAAAGCAUAAGAUCAAGCACAUUGCUGUGGAAUUCAUACCUGAAGUGGUGGUAGAAGGUGCUCUGUGUUACUCAAUCGAUGUGCUAGGGAUUGUCACGUUUGAUAAAGAUACUUAUAAGUGGUUUAAGCAAAAUCUGCUAGUGUUGUUCUAUGAGACGCGUUUUAACAUACGCAGAGACUGUUUUCAAUAUUAUUAUCAUGUGCGUGAAAAUCCGAAAAAAAUUGUGGCAGAUUAAAUAUAAAACCUAACUUAUUUCCUUAAUGUUAAGCACAAUUAUGAGAAAACAA